GCCUCAGCGGCGGCUUAACCCGGAAGUUUUCUCCGACACACCGGCCCGCCUCUGCGCUGAAGGAGCACUUCCGGGGCAGUAGGAACGCGGAGUCGGCUGCGGUGACUGUGCUGAGGAUGGCGGCCGGAUAGGGACCCAGAACCCCAUUUGACAGAUGAGGAAACGGAGAGGCAGACAGGUGACCUGACUAACCCACAAUCGCUGCAGGACAGGAAGAAAGUCAACUCCGGAGCCCGUGCUCUUAGCUCUAAGCUGUACUGCUCGGUAAAUGGGCUGAUGUUCUAAUCAUGUCAGAUAAAGAUGAUAUUGAGACUCCACUGCUAACUGAAGCAGCCCCCAUCCUUGAAGAUGGAAACUGUGAGCCAGCCAAGAAUUCUGAGUCUGUUGACCAAGGUGCCAAACCAGAGAGUAAAUCAGAACCUGUAGUUUCCACUCGGAAAAGACCAGAGACCAAACCUUCCAGUGACCUUGAGACUUCAAAAGUUCUCCCUAUUCAGGAUAAUGUUUCCAAAGAUGUACCCCAGACCAGAUGGGGUUAUUGGGGGAGCUGGGGCAAGUCCAUACUCUCCUCAGCCUCGGCUACAGUAGCCACAGUAGGACAAGGUAUUUCAAAUGUCAUCGAGAAGGCAGAGACUUCCCUUGGAAUCCCUAGUCCCAGUGAAAUUUCAACUGAAGUCAAGUAUGUAGCAGGAGAGACAAAUGCCAAAGAGAAUGAAAACUCCUCCCCAGUGGCUGGGGCAUUUGGUGUAUUCUCGACCAUCUCUACUGCUGUUCAGAGCACAGGAAAGAGUGUUAUAAGUGGGGGUUUGGAUGCCUUAGAAUUCAUUGGAAAAAAGACAAUGGAUGUGAUAGCAGAAGGGGAUCCUGGAUUUAAAAGAACCAAGGGUCUGAUGAACCGAAAUGCUACACUAUCUCAGGUUUUACGAGAGGCGAAGGAGAAAGAAGAGAUACGGACCUCCAAUGAGGUUACCAUGGAAACAGACAAGAAAACUCAUUAUGGGCUACUCUUUGAUGAAUUUCAAGGCCUUUCACAUCUAGAAGCUCUGGAGAUGCUUUCCCGAGAAAGUGAAAUAAAGGUGAAAUCUAUCCUUAAUUCUCUGAGUGGAGAAGAAUUAGAGACUCUAAAAGUUGAAUUAGAGCAACUCAAAGAAGCAUUUUCUCUAGCAGAAUUUUGUGAAGAAGAGGAAGAAGAGAAAAAAGGGGAUGAAGAUUUUACCAAGGACAUAACAGAGCUGUUUUCCCAGCUGCACGUUUCCUCCAAACCAGAGAAACUUGCCAGGGCAAGAAAUACCGCCCACGAAUGGAUCAGGAAGUCUCUGACCAAGCCAUUAGCAGAGAAUGAAGAAGGAGAAAAACAGUCAGAAGCAGAAAAUACUGAGCAAGUCAACAAAAAUUCAAUAGAGGAUAUCCAUUCGUUUGCAAUCCGGAGCCUAGCUGAACUGACUGCCUACUCAAUUGAACUAUUCCACAAAACAGCUGCAUUGGUUCUGCAUGGCAGGAAGCAGGAAGUGACAGCCAUAGAAAGGAGCCAGACUCUUUCCCAGAUGGCAAUUGUGUUGUGUAAAGAGUUGUCCUCUCUGUCUAAAGAGUUCACCACCUGCCUAACAACUGCUGGGGUCGAAGAAAUGGCAGACGUCAUUAACCCAUUAAUCACUGCAGUAUUUUUAGAGGCAUCAAACAGUGCCUCCUACAUCCAGGACGCCUUUCAGCUACUCUUACCUGUACUAGAGAUCUCUCUCAUUGAGAACAAGAUUGAAUCACACAGGCAUGAGCUGCAGGGCCAGAAGCCUUUGUUAGAACAUUGAAGAAUGGAGACGUUUUGACCUGGGACUUGUGACGGCCAAGGAAUGCCACCUUAUUCUGGCUACUCCUGCAGAAAUGAAGGAGUGGGGUUAUUUUAGUAUAUAAAAAUUCAGGCAGAAGAGAUGGUUUAAAGAGGAAGAUUGUUGCCUUCAGUGUUUGAUUGAAGUAUUCAGGUCCUCACAGUAUUCUUUCCAGUUGUUGUAAUUCAUAAAUUAUUUGAAAAGAAACUUUUGUAGAAAGUCCAAGAAUAAUAACUCUAGAUAAAGAUUAGUGGGACACUCAGGCAAAAAUGUUGGUCUUUCUUUGACAUGUUGCAAAAUGUUAUCAAUUUUGUCAUGGAUAUAAUUUGCAGCCCAUGGAUAUAACUGGUCGAUAAGCCAGAGAAAAAUAAUUUAGUGUUCUAAAAUUCAUGGCAUGUGUGGUUUAUUAAUGCCAUGUACUUUCUCCUUUCUGGAAUAAAAUCUAUGGCUUUAAGAAAACUGAGCAUAUGUAAACUCUGUGAUGAUUACCCUUUAUCACAUGAAUUCUUGGAAAUAGAAAGUUUCAUAUGCUUUUUAAAAUUCUUAGUAGAUAUUUGGCAUUGAGGAGAAACUUGUAGACUAUUAUAGCCACAUGAAUUAACUAUAGCAAAGUGCCCUUUUUCUUCAAAUUGCUCCCCCUCCCCAGGAUGACACACUUCAUGUCAUAGCUGAACCCUACUCUACUGGAUUGAAGGCCAGUAAAUGCAAUUUAGAGAAGCAGUUUUAUGUUUGCAGAUAUUCUGAGUCUCUUCAGGAUGUGUUUCGUGUCUACCGUAUUUGCAGGAUAAAUUCUUUAACAGCAAACUCCAAAGGAAUGUUGAAGCUGUUUUAGCAAUGAGGUUUUUUUUGUUUGAGUGUUGAAGUGGGCCAUAGUCCUUUAGAAAUGAUGUUCAUUUGUGAUAGGAUUUAACUUCUAAGGCAAAGUUUAUUUUUUCCUCAUUCCUUUUUGUUUGUUUUAAUGUAUUCUUUAGCAUGUUUUUGAUAUAACUUUUAUCCUCCAGAUCUUAAGCUUUCUUUUUCUCUCUUCAGCAAUUUAAGAGACUAUUAAGCUGUCUUCUUCCUAAAAGCUAUUUUGGUAUCCAUUCUCCAACUUUGUGGUUUUUAACAAUUAAGAUAAUUUGUUAGCUCUGCCCUUCAUCUUCUAAAACCUUUGUAAUAAAAUGUAUUAAUCAUGUUA